AGCUCAACCUGGAAUCCCAGAGCUAAUUGCAGCCGAUGGUCAACGCAUGCUAUCGGACGGGGAGAAAGCGCAGGCCUUGGCAUCAUAAUGCCGGGGCCAGCGACCCUCACCUCGGUUUUAGUGAAGGUUCUCAAAAACCUCAUAAAACAAGCGAUUGGCCAUUUCCUGGACCAAACCAACGGUUGGGUUCAAGAGCAACACGGUUUUACGCGCGGAAAAUCUUGUGCAACAGACCUGUUAUUUGCCCGUGAGUCUUGGGCCGAAUCGAAAGAUAGAGGUUGCCCAACGCACGUG